AUUGGCCAGUGGCCACCAGGAAAACACCAGACGGUUGCAGCCUUGGCCUCGCUCCACCAAUCCAUCGCGGCGCGCUCGCACGAUGCUCCAACCCCAGCUCCUCGGGUCCCCGCGCAUCUCCCUCGCCGACCCCGUCUCCACCUCCAUCAGCUGCAGCCGUGGCGCCGCCAACGGCGGCCGCCGCCGCCGCCGCGCGAAGCCCAAGCCAAUCGCAUUCCCACCGAAGCCCGUGCGCCGCCUCGUUUCCACCUCCCUCCGCCGCCUUAUUCCCCGCCCGCGCCCUCUCACUGUCGUGCUCCCCGGCGGCGGCGGUGGGUGGUUCAGGUUGGGUAGGAGGAAGAAGACGCCGGCCGAGGACCUCGCGGUGGUCGCGCUCUCCCUGGCGCUCGGCGGCGACAGGCUCGCGACGCUCGCGGAGGCCUGGAACGCGUCCGGCCUGGGCCAGGCGCUAGGCGUCUGGGCCGCGGUGUUGGGGAGGGGGCGGAGGACGCGGCGUGGCGGGCUCCGGCGGCUCGCGGCGUUCCUGCUCGGGGUCGCGUUCUGCGCGCUCGUCUGCCACCUGCGGGGCGCGUCGCUCUUGGCCGGGCUCCAGAAGUCCGGCGGCGGCCGGAAGUUGGUUCGGAUUUUUCUGCAUUGAUGGGAUUUCUUCAUUUCCUGUUCGUCUGCGUGAGAUGCUUUUCAAGUUUCAACCAGUUGGAAUCGGGCGUCAAGAGUUUUAGACUCUCUCAUGCGGAUGGAUCGUGGUCCCUGGUCACCCAAAGUUAAAUAUCGAAUUGUUGAUGAACAGAUGCCAAUUUUGAAAGAUGUUGAACUGUUGACACGAUUUGAUAGUUCUGAUUUUACUUGUGAUUCUUGUUUUCUAUUGGCUAUAGCAGAUUUGUAGCUUGUUCUUGGGUCCAGAACUUGUAGAGUUGCGUUGAAUGACAGAAUGUGAGACGGAAACUAAAUUUGUGC